AUGCAUAUACCUACAUGCUGGGCCUGGGCGUUUCAUAUUCUUCCGGCGAUCCUCGUCCUCCCGGUGUUGGCGCAGCCGUGGAGGGCUAAAACGCUCUACGCCUCCGACCAAAACCUAAAUCCUCUUGGUUCUUCGAAUCCAACCAGAACUCGACGCCUCGUCCUCCUUCUUUUUCGAGUCAGACCAGCUCCUGUGCUCCAAGACAGUGAACAGGAUGGGAGAUCGAGGCCGCUGUUUCGGGGAAACUUUGAGCUUCUGAGUCGUAGGUUUCCUAUUGUGGAACCAGAUCCUGGUCAUACAAAACUUCGUCUUUCAAAGGAAGGCCUAGAGGCCAUUGAAAGAAUAAAAACUCCGAUUGCAGCUGUUGCAGUUAUUGGGCCAUACCGCUCUGGGAAAUCUUUCUUGCUCAAUCAGCUGCUCUCCCUUUCUUGUUAUGAAGGUCUUCACCAUUUUUCGACGGUCAAUCUUUCAGAAAGGCAUCAUUGUGUCUCCACCGCCGAGCCCUGCUGCCAAUCUUUCAGAGGUUACAGAGAGGGAUUAAAAACAACUAUUAAACGAAAAACGCGGGGAUGUUUAUGCUUUGCUUUUCUAUCUACUGGUGGUUGGAAGUGGCCUUUUGAUUGGUGGAUUAGAGGCUUGAGAAGAGGAAGAUAUAUGCAUGUUUGUGAGCAGCGAAGACUCAGAAAGUAUACACCCAAGAUGAACUUGACGAGGUCCGCAUUGAAGUAGCUGACUAUUUACAGACUUUGCUAUAGAUGCUGACUCUACCAAAGUGAUUUUGAGUAAGGCUAGCUAGAUUUUGUAGAACCAUUUUGAAGUAGAACGUUGUACAGUUGCAGGUGAACUAAACUGCAUAUAGUUAUUUCAAUGGUCUCUUUUGGGCUAGCCUUGAUGUAGGUUGGGGUGUUUUUGCCUAUUUUUGGAACUAUUAACAAUUCUGCUGUUCUACAUAAAUUAAUGCAAUGCCCCAUAUUGAAUUAA